CGAGCUUUUUCAUUUUGCAGUGUGUUUGUAUACACUUCUACGGAAACUGAGAUAGUGUUCAUUUUUUUGAAAAAGAAAUGUGUAUCAUUUUUGUAUGACUAAAAAUGAUUUACGACUGUUAUUUCAUUUGUACGAAGAUGAUCAACUUGUAAUUGCCCUAAUUAAUUCGAGUAAUGGUUCGUUUCAACAUGAUUUUCAUAGAAAAGACAUCACAUUGAUAUUUUAGCACAAGCGUUUUAAUUGAUCUUAUUAUUUACUUCCACCGUGUUACUUUUAAAUAUCAAUAUCUCCGACUCGAAUUCGACGAAAUUAUCGCACCGUACCAUAAUAUUCAGUUGAAUCUAGCACCUCAAAAUAUGCCAACUACGCCGCGUAUGAAAUUGUAAUUAUUCGCGUGUAUGAGAUAAAUGCAACUUAAUUCGUCUAUUUUUGUUGCUUAUUAUCAACGGUCCCGAUGGGCUUACUCGUGUAUUUAUCGUAACCGGUGAAAUUAUGAAAACACGUAUGCUUGUUGGAGAUCUUUAAAUGUAAGCCGCGUUGGCGGGAUGUAGCAAGCGUUAUGACUGAAGAAGAUCUCUUAGCCCGAGCGGUCGAAGAACGAAGAUCCAUCGUAGAGAAAUACAAGAGUGGCCGUCAAAAUGGUGCUAAUAUCGAUCCGUGGGAAGACGCAACGUUGGAAGUGUACGGAUAUUUGGAUCGUUACGGAUUCAGACGUGAGAAAAAUGACAUUUAUGCCGAAACGAAACAAGAAAUCCAACGUGAAAGAGAAAGGGAGCAAAAAUGGCUAAAAAUGUUGAAACAGUGGGAAAACGUUGAUACGGAGAAAUUGAAACGCCGCAUAUACAAAGGAAUUCCUAUCGCUAUCAGAGGUCGAGUCUGGUCUAAAAUACUUGGUUUAGAUAAAACGAGAGAAGAGCAACGAGGAAAAUAUAAAGAAAUGUGUGAUCUAGCCUGGAAGUAUUCGCCAGAUAUCAGACAGAUCGAUUUAGAUGUUAAUAGAACGUAUCGAGAACACAUAAUGUUUCGCGAACGAUACUGUUCGAAACAAUGUGAACUGUUCAACGUUCUCGGCGCGUACAGCGUUUAUAAUUUAGAAAUCGGCUACUGCCAAGGUAUGUCUCAGAUCGUCGCCUUACUGCUCAUGUAUUUGGACGAAGAAGAUGCCUUUUGGGCGCUAUCUACGCUCGUUUCUGAUUCUAAAUUCAAUAUGCAUGGUUUCUAUAUACCAGGAUUCCCGAAGUUGCUUCGUUAUCAAGAGCAUCACGAUAAAAUAAUGAAUAAAUUUCUUCCCAAGUUGAAGAAGCAUUUAGAUCGAAACGGCGUCGAUACAGGAAUUUAUACUUUAAAAUGGUUUUUCCAAUGUUUCUUAGAUCGAAUACCGUUUAAAUUAACGCUCAGAGUGUGGGAUAUUUUUAUAUGGGAAGGUGAGAAAGUUCUAACCGCUAUGGCAUUUAAUAUUUUAAAGCUACAUCGAAAGCAAAUUCAACGAUUAGGAAUGGAUGACAUUCUGCAGUAUUUACAAGUUAAACUGCCCAAAAAUUUUGACUUGAGUGAUGACAUCGUCAUUGAGAAUUUACAAAAAUGUAUGGAAGAUUUAAGAAAAAGCAAAUUAGAUUACGCCGGACUACCGCCAACGAACGAGUUGCCCAAAGAACCUUUCGGUUUGUUUAAACCAGACAAAACUUUCGAACAAAAGACUGUUGGUCGCAGAAGAGAAUUCACCAGCGUUGAAAAAUUAACUCGUGACAAUGUACUUUCCCGAAAAGAAGAAGCGUUGGCCAAUUGCUCUCCGAACGAACAAGAUAACAAUAGACAUUCCGAUUUAUCAGCUGCCGAAGCCAGUUUUGACGACGGCAGUUCAUUACUGGGAGAAGGAUCUCAUAAAUCAUUAGCCGGUACUAGUAUCACGUCUACAGCCGAUUUGUCGAUAUUUUCCACUGCCACAAGGUCGCAAGCCGUCGAUGCUGGCAGUUUGAAUGCAGCCGAAGUAGAAUCGGACGACGACGAUCGUAAUUCCAGCGGUCUAGCUACACCUCUAGCCGUACCGAAACAUUCACCUAGUCCAGAUGUAGUACGUAUAUUUGUUCCGUACGUGAACACUUCACGUUCUUCCGUUCAGUCUUCGCCUCAAAAUGGCGAUCUGUUCAAUCAAGAGAAUAGGAUUAGAAUUAAGAUCGAAGAACAAUCCAGUUUAGAAGAUAUUCAAACACCUAUUAUUGAACAAAAUUCUAUUUUCAAUAUCGAAUCGUCUGUGGUGGAUCUAAAAUGAGUUGACCAACUGAAGCUCGAUGUUGGAAGGUUUUUCGAGGACGAACCUACUGUUUUUAUCCUUAGCUAUCGAUCAGCUUAGCUGAUGCGUUUGUUUCUCUUCGUCUUUUCCCAUUGAAACAGUAUUAAUUUAUGAAAUUAUUACGCUACACAUCAUUCCAUGAAAACGUUUUAUUCUUCUCGUUUGCCGAUAUUUGUAUAUAAUACCUAGAUUGUGUGAUUAUAUUAUCAUUGUUACUUUGUUGUUAUCAAUUUCACGAUCGUACUUCUUUACUUUUCUUUUUCCAAUUUUCAAUUAUCAUUACUAUUAAAUUACUUUUAUUAUUACCUAUUAAUAUUGUUUUAUGUAUUAGUGCAUUAGUUUUGUUUUUGUUACUCUUUUUUUUUUUUACGAAUAUGUAGUUUAAGGUAAAUUCGUGAUUUCAAGUAGUACAAGAGGAUCGCUUUUAGUUAGUUUGUAUUACGUAGGAUUCUGGACUUGAUAGUGAUGUGAUUCCAAAAGAAUUUGUGGAAGAUAACUUCGUUAAAAUUUCGUAAAACGUAUCAAAGAACGUUGAUCUACGAUUCGGAGUCGUAGACUGAUGUAGAACGAAUACGUUUUUUUUUUUAUAUAUUCAUUUCGAAGUUUCAAACUAUAGGAUUACUUUUGUUUUGAAGUCAUCUUUGCAACAACGAACUUUUUCAUUAAACAAAUUGAAAGAAUAUGAAGUUAAUAUGCCAUCGUUAUUUUAGUCAUUUCGCACCAAUAUUCGUAUCGGUGAUAAUAUUAUUUCACGUGUUGCAUUUUCAUCGCGACGUUGAUUAGAUUUUUCAAGAUAUACUAUACUCUUGUCUCUUAUACUCGUACCAAUAGAUGCGUAGGUAUUGCUUCUAGGUACUUGUCUAUCUAUUUUCCUUUCAUUUUCUCGCAUUUUUUUUUUUAAUAUGGUAAUUUUCUUGAGCUUAAUUCAACGAUGACUUAAAAUUACCACCGCUCUGAUGGACUGUACGACGUAUAAUUAUCUUUAUGUACAUAAUGUACAUACAAACAAAAUACUCUCUGAUAUUGUUACAUAAAAAUGAUCGCACAAACGUGCACUACCUGUAUUAUUGCAAAAUUUGUAAUUUUGUCAAAUAUUCUCCAUGUUUGAUGCAAUUGAGCAUAGUUUUUCUUCGUUUCUUAAUCACAGUACCUAAAUACUAUACUUGCAUUGUUUUAAAUGUUUAUAGUUGAACGGUUCAGUUUAUUUACAAAGAUGGUGUGCGUAACACGAAUGAUUGCAUAGGUAUUUACUUUUUUAUCUGUGAUACUAGCGUUGGUUAAUCUUUAAAAUUAAUAUUUCAUAUUGUUUGAUGUAUGUGUAUUAGUAGUGUACGUGUACCUUAACUUUAAUCUUUACCUACAUAUAAAACGGUGUGUGGAUACUUGAGAGUGAUUUUCGUUAUUACCUAUCCGCUUCGAUACAAAUCAUUAUUCUAAAUAUAUCAUUGAAAUAGGAA